GAGUUAUCAACAAAGCCAACUCACUAUGUCUUUAAUGGGAAGCAUGCUUUCACGAUUCCGCAACAUUCGCUCUUCGAUGUCGGAGGAAAACACCUUCUCACAAGAAAUAUUCAAUCAUCUCAACGCUACAAGACCACGAAGACACAUGGAUUGGCUCAAUCUUUCUGCACAAUACGAGGAGGCGGGUAUGACACUCGAUAUUGUGUAUACUAGGAAUGUACCAUUCACGGGGCAAGAUUUUGAAAAUCUUGAGAGUUUAGAGAAUCUUGAUCCGGAGGCAGUUACAUUACUAUCAACUGAAGAACUUCGAACAAAUCCUAAUUUGGAUGGACAAAAGCGAUAUGCUGUUCUAGUCGGAUCAAAUGAAAUCACAAAGUUCAUUGUUGUUGAAAUUAGGAAGUGCUACCGCGAUCGAACUAGAGCUAUCAAGGAUGUACUGCCACCAGUCGACGUUGCGACAUUAGACUUUCAACAAUGCGGCAUCUGUAUUGAGCCAUACGCUGAGGCUACUAUUCCCCUUGAGCCAAAUCAUGAGCCUUCAAAGAUGCCAAAAUGUGGACAUGUAUUUGGUCGAGAUUGUAUCAUUGAAUGGCUGAAGAGGCAUGAUACAUGCCCCAUGUGUCGGGAUGAGUUGAGGCUUCCACUUGCAUAUAGGCUACGAGUAAAAAUGAAUCAGAAUCGAGAACAGGCUAGAAUCAAUGCUUGAUGUUUCUGAAGCCUAUAUUUCGAGGAAGAAAUGGGCCGCUUUCGA